AUCGCCAUGCAACUCGCCCGCCCAACCAUCCGCCACUUUUCCGUCCGCCGUCCUCAGCCAGACACUCGCAUCUCCCGCUUCAUCACCAGCUCCUGUCUAUUCACGGCCGUGGUGCUUCCCUUCGUACCUCCAGCUCUUGAGAGUUCUCGUGAGAAGAACAAUGGAUACCCCAAUCACAACAAGCCGCACCCACCGCUAUGCUUCCACGCGCGCUAAGCGGAGGUAGUCUCUAUAUCCGAUCGGAUAUAACUGCCACCCUACUAGCGGGGCUCAUUUCCGAACGACCACCACCCACUCCGGGCGUUAGGAAACUUCUCGAUAUCGCGCGAUUUUUCACUUU